GCGGCCUCGGAGCCACCGGCGUCCGCGCCGUCCCGCCCCGCCCCUCGCCGUCCCGCGCCGUCCCGCCCCGGCUCCGCAGCUCGCACCCGCCAGCCAGCCGGCCCGCCCGGCGCCGGGCCAUGGCGCUGCUGCGGGACGUGUCGCUGCAGGAUCCGCGGGACCGCUUCGAGCUGCUGCAGCGCGUGGGAGCCGGGACCUAUGGCGACGUCUACAAGGCCCGCGACACGGUCACGUCCGAACUGGCCGCCGUGAAGAUAGUCAAGCUAGACCCAGGCGACGACAUCAGCUCCCUCCAGCAGGAAAUCACCAUCCUCCGGGAGUGCCGCCACCCCAAUGUGGUGGCCUACAUUGGCAGCUACCUCAGGAAUGACCGCCUGUGGAUCUGCAUGGAGUUCUGCGGAGGGGGGUCCCUGCAGGAGAUUUACCACGCCACUGGGCCCCUGGAGGAACGGCAGAUUGCCUAUGUCUGCCGAGAGGCACUGAAGGGGCUCCACCACUUGCAUUCUCAGGGGAAGAUCCACAGAGACAUCAAGGGAGCCAACCUUCUCCUCACUCUCCAGGGAGAUGUCAAGCUGGCUGACUUUGGGGUGUCAGGCGAGCUGACGGCGUCUGUGGCCAAGAGGAGGUCUUUCAUUGGGACGCCUUACUGGAUGGCUCCAGAGGUGGCUGCUGUGGAGCGCAAAGGUGGCUACAAUGAGCUGUGUGACGUCUGGGCCCUGGGCAUCACCGCCAUUGAGUUGGGCGAGCUACAGCCCCCUCUGUUUCACCUGCACCCCAUGAGGGCCCUGAUGCUCAUGUCGAAGAGCAACUUCCAGCCGCCCAAACUGAGAGACAAGACUCGCUGGACCCAGAAUUUCCACCAUUUUCUCAAGCUGGCCUUGAUCAAGAACCCCAAGAAGAGGCCAACAGCAGAGAAGCUUCUGCAGCACCCAUUCAUGACCCAGCAGCUCCCUCGGGCCCUCCUCACACAGCUGUUGGACAAGGCCAAUGACCCCCAUCUGGGAACGCCCUCCCCUGAAGACUGUGAACUGGAGACGUAUGACAUGUUUCCAGACACCAUUCACUCCCGGGGUCAGCACGGCCCGGCCGAGAGGACCCCCUCGGAGAUCCAGUUUCACCAGGUGAAAUUUGGUGCCCCACGCAGGAAGGAAACAGACCCCCUAAAUGAGCCGUGGGAGGAGGAGUGGACGCUGCUGGGGAAGGAGGAGCUGAGUGGGAGCCUGCUGCAGUCAGUCCAGGAGGCCCUGGAGGAAAGGAGCCUGACCAUGCGGCCAGCCUCGGAACUGCAGGAGCUGGACUCUCCAGAGGAUUCCAUGGGAACCAUCAAGCGGGCCCCAUUCUUGGGGCCACCCCCCUCUGAGCCUGCAGCUGAGGACCCUCUAUCCAGCCCCCCAGGAACCCUGCCCCCACCUCCACAAGGCCCUGACAGCCCCCCACUGCUGCCCACCGCCUGGGCCACCAUAAAGCAGCAGGAGGAUCCUGAGAGGUCGUCCUGCCAUGGGCUGCCCCCAACCCCCAAGGUGCACAUGGGGGCCUGCUUCUCCAAAGUCUUCAAUGGCUGCCCCCUGCGGAUCCACGCUGCUGUCACCUGGAUUCACCCUGUUACUCGGGACCAGUUCCUGGUGGUGGGGGCCGAGGAAGGCAUCUACACCCUCAACCUGCAUGAACUGCACGAGGACACGCUGGAGAAGCUGAUUUCACACCGCUGCUCCUGGCUCUACUGUGUGAACAAUGUGCUGCUGUCACUCUCAGGGAAAUCUACGCACAUCUGGGCCCAUGACCUGCCAGGCCUGUUUGAGCAGCGGCGACUACAGCAACAGGUUCCCCUCUCCAUCCCCACCAACCGCCUCACCCAGCGCAUCAUCCCCAGGCGUUUUGCCCUGUCUACCAAGAUUCCCGACACCAAAGGCUGCCUGCAGUGUCGUGUGGUGCGGAACCCCUACACGGGCAGCACCUUCCUGCUGGCCGCCCUGCCCGCCAGCCUGCUCCUGCUGCAGUGGUAUGAGCCGCUGCAGAAGUUCCUGCUGCUGAAGAACUUCUCCAGCCCUCUGCCCUGCCCAGCUGGGAUGCUGGAGCCACUGGUGCUGGACGGGAAGGAGCUGCCUCAGGUGUGUGUGGGGGCCGAGGCACCCGAGGGGCCUGGCUGUCGUGUCCUGUUCCAUGUCCUGCCCCUGGAGGCUGGCCUGACGCCUGACAUCCUCAUCCCACCUGAGGGGAUCUCAGGCUCGGCCCAGCAGGUGAUCCAGGUGGACAGGGACACCGUCCUCGUCAGCUUUGAACGCUGUGUGAGGAUAGUCAACAUGCAGGGUGAGCCCACGGCCACACUGGCACCUGAGCUGACCUUUGACUUCCCCAUCGAGACUGUGGUGUGUCUUCAGGACAGCGUGCUGGCCUUCUGGAGCCAUGGGAUGCAAGGCCGCAGCCUGGAUACCAACGAGGUGACCCAGGAGAUCACAGAUGAGACGAGGAUCUUCCGAGUGCUCGGGGCCUACAGAGACAUCAUCCUGGAGAGCAUUCCCACCGACAACCUGGGAGCACACAGCAACCUUUACAUUCUCACAGGCCAUCAGAGCACUUACUGAGCUGCAGGCCUGGCCAGUGGCACCCCGCCCCACCCCCAUGCCUUAGUUGCAGACCCUUUUGGGCAAAGGGGCCCCUCCCAGAUAGAGGAGCCCAGGCCCCAGCUCUGCUGGGGCUGAUGGGCAGAAAUAAUCCUGAGGUGUUUAGGAGCUGGGGAGGGAGGGGAACCCACCCAUGCCUCUGCAAUAACUGCACCGGGGAAGCUGCUGUCACCUCCCCCUCCCCAGGGGGCAACCCAGUCCCUAGUGCCCCGAGGCAGGGGGCCCUGGGCCAUCCAUUCCACAUUUCCUUUCCACGCAUUCUGCCCAGAGCCUGCCCCAGCACUGUCCUGGGGAACAUGGUAUUUAAAAGAGAGCACUAGUUUGGUAUUAAAGCUGGUUUGGUUUACUCCUCUGGUCCCUCUGGGUGGGGGGAGCUGAGCCCACUGCCUCAACUCCCUCCUCCCCUCCCUCUCUCCCUCUAGCACACCUUUCUGUGGCCACCAGGUACUGUGCACGCACCAUGGAAGGGUGGGGCUACCAGUGUUUUGGGGAAGCCUGGUUGGGGUAACAGGAGGCCAGUGGCCCCAGCUGCCAUCUCAGCAGCACCGUGUUUUCCUGGGCUCCCUUGCUCAGAACUAACCCUCAGCUUUGCAGUUUAAGGCUUCUGCUGUAGUUUGGCAUGCCGAGGACUCAUGCAGAUGGGGGCUCCUGAACAAAGGGACUCAUCAUCUCACCUGCUGGCCUGUGGAAGGGCCCAGGAGGGGCCAGCCAAGGGUGUUCCAUCCAGCCUCAGAGAGGCUGCUGCCUGUAGAAACAGCCCGCUAUGAUCUGCAACCCCGCCCAGGCCUGGAGCUGCCUCCCUGCCUCCCACCUCCGGCCUAGGUGUCAGGCCAGGUACAUUAGAUCACAGCAGGAGCAUCAAGUCAGACUGGAGGGAAGAUUAGCCUGUGUCCCUAUAGCAAAUACUCCUGGAGGGCCCCCUCAGUGCCAGGCCCUGGGGUCAUUACCAGGAUAGGGACCAGCCCCCAGGGAGGGGGCAUCCUUGCUGGAGUCCACAUGUCAAGGGUGUGUCAGUGACCUUGUGCUUCAGGUUGUCAUUCUCCCCUGUUUGCCUCUCAGAGGGUUCCGACCUCAAGGCCUUCCAGGGCCAGGGGUCCCCCUGUUGCCCCAGGCACUGACUGGCUGCUCUUGGGCAGGAGCAGAUGAGGCCAAGGAGGCAGGAGGAGCGCUGCCUUGAGGGGUGGGGGGCACAGGCAGGGCUCGGCCUGCAGGGGGAGGAGGGAAGGCCCAGGUCAGGCCUGGAGGUGGUCCCACUAUCUUCCUUCUGACAUUUAAGACAAGUGUUUGAACAAGAGCUUUCUUGCACAUGGUGGCCGGCAGUAAAUACUUGCUAAAUGAAUGAAGCAACGUGGGGGUGGAGGGUGGAUGGUGGAUGGCCCCCUGUGUGAAUAGACUGUGGCUCCCAUGGAUGUCACAUUGUCUCCUUGUCCACCUCCAGCAGAGCUCUGCCUGCUCGGACUCCUUCAGUGACUGGGAGGGUUUCUUGGAUGAAAUAGGGAGCCAGAUCAGGGCAAAGACGAAUCUCUUGGUAUCAGCUGUUCACACCCGUGUUCCCCAUGAGACCCAAAGGAGGGCAAGAGGCACCUUCCAAUUCUGAUUUGCACCUGCCUGAAGGGCAUCUAAUGGUCCACAUAUGAGGGGAUAGGGAUACAAAAUGAAUUCCUUUCCAGAUCUCUUGGAGGGAUACUGGGGGCAGUGGGUGGGGGUGGGGGGUGAGCUCCCAUUCCCCAGAAGCCCCUGACCCUAGACCCCAGUGCUCUGGGGAGGGCCGGCCUUCUGCCCACACAGCGGCAGGCACCAGGCAGCGCCACCUUGUGGCAGGUCUCUCCGGUCCUCAGAUCCUGUCUGCAAAGGGGGUUUGUGCGUCAGAGUGCAAUGUGCCAAAGUGGGGGGGCCUGUGAAACACUGGGGCCUCUGAUGAAAUGUUUGCUGCCAGCAAUGGCAGACUGCAAGCCAAAGAAAGGCCAAAAACCGGGGAACAUGCACUGAAAAACUAAAACUUUAAAUUUUAUUUAUGUAUUUUUUAGUAGGUAGCCCUUUCCCCAUUGUACAUAUUUUUUAAAAUACAAAAGAGGUAUGUUAUAAGCUUUGUUUGUGGUUAGAAAAUAAUAAAUAAAUAAAUGAACAAACAAACAAACAGAAGAGAUAUGGUAAAUCUCCCUCUCACCUGUCCCCAGCCACCCAGGUCACGGUUACUUAUGAACCCUUCUAGAAGUUUUAUGCAUACUUGGACAAUUUUAUUCUUCCCCCUCUUUUAUACAUAUGGUAACAUUCCACAUACUGUACUGACCUUGCCUUUUUAAACUAUAUCCUGGAGAAUACGAAUGUAUUAAAUUACCACAUGUAUCCCCAAAAUCUCUUAGAGAUCUUUCCAUUAUCAAUGUUCCCCUUUGUUUUUUUCAAAGCUGGUGUGUAGGUUCCCUUGUGUAGGUUCCCCAUAACUAAUGUUAAUGAGCUGUUAUUAGAUCUCUACAGAUGGAAAUUUAAGUUGUUUCUACUACUGUGAUAUUACAAACAACACUGCAAUAAAUAUUCUUAUGCCAGUGCCACUCUGUACAUAUGCAGGUGUUUCUGCGGGAUAAAUUCCUGCAAGUAGCAUUACUGAGUCAGAGGUGGCUGCAUUUGUCAUGGCAAUAGCUACUGUCAAAUUGCCCUCCACGGAAAGAAACCUGUGGGAUGGGUCAGACCAGACACUUUUAAGUCAUGUUCAUGGACAAGUAGCAGGGACAUGGGCACCCCAGAAUGUUUGAGUAACUGGCCUGUGCGUGGAGUCAUCCUGGCUGGGAUGGUCAACGGAGAGCCAUGAUGUAUGCUUCAGGACGGCAAGGGAUGUGCCACGUGCCCAUAGGAUGUAUGUCCAGCACCUGCUCACUGCACACAGGAGGGCCUUAUGAAUGAAGGAGACAACAUAACAUGGUGGUGAAGAGAUGGCCCUGGAGUCUGGCCAGUGGACUGGGUGAGCCACCCCAGCUUGCUGAGCUUUAUUCCCCCCAGGUAUACCAUAUCCUAAGCCAACUGCAGGGGUGUUGGGAGGACUGAAAAUACUGUAAUAUACAUAAUGCAAUAACAUAGAUGAAUCUUGGAGGUAAAUUAAAACAGUGAACUGCAUAAAACUACACACGGUGUUAUAGCAUAUAAUAAAGCUCAAAACCAAGCAAAA